GAGUCUCACAUAGAGAGAGCUGCAAGGGUGCAACCGCAACAACCUCGAAGCUAGUCCAAACUAGUGGAAGGUUGUGUGCAAUCCAUCAUCUAUCAAGUAUCCUUCAAACAUCCAUCCAUCAUCAUCCAUGGCGAGAGGCAAGGUCCAGCUCCGUCGCAUCGAGAACCCUGUCCACCGCCAGGUCACCUUCUGCAAGCGCCGCGCCGGCCUGCUCAAGAAGGCCAGGGAGCUCUCCGUCCUCUGCGACGCCGACAUCGGCAUCAUCGUCUUCUCCUCCCAUGGCAAGCUCUACGACCUCGCCACCACCGGAACCAUGGAUGGGCUGAUCGAGAGGUACAAGAGUGUCAGUGGAGAAGGAAUGAGCGCCGAUGGCAGCAGCGACCAGAGAAUGGACCCAAAGCAGGAGGCAAUGGUGCUGAAACAAGAAAUAGAUCUGCUGCAGAAGGGGCUGAGGUACAUUUACGGAAACAGGGCAAAUGAGCACAUGAGUGUUGAAGAGCUGAAUGCCCUGGAAAGGUACUUGGAGAUAUGGAUGUUCAACAUCCGCUCCGCAAAGAUGCAGAUAAUGAUUCAAGAGAUCCAAGCACUGAAGAGCAAGGAAGGCAUGUUGAAGGCAGCUAACGAAAUUCUCCAGGAAAAGAUAGUAGAACAGCAUGGACUGAUCGACGUAGGCAUGACUAUAGCAGAUCAGCAGAAUGGGCAUUUUAGUACAUUCCCACUGAUAGAAGAGAUCACUAACCCACUGACUAUACUGAGUGGCUAUUCUACUUGUAGGGGCUCAGAGAUGGGCUAUUCCUUCUGAUGGUAAUAAAGCCCUGAGGGAUUAUUUGUGUUGAUUAUUAGUGUGUAAUAUGGUUAAUACUUAACAGCGCCAGUGUUAAGGUUUGCUGUGGUACUACUUUGUAAUUUGUAUAGGCCAUAUUCCCUCAGGAGUGCCCUUAAGGCCUUAAGUAUUGUAUUGCCUUGAGUUGUUGUGCUUUGAUAUUCCCUAAAGAACUCUUGAGGAGCUCUCAUGUAUGCAAUGUCAAAUAAUUAAGAACUCUGUUUGCGUGUUACUUCAA